GACUUCGGGUAUUAUUCGGGUAACUGGAUCCGGUACAGGCGCGGGUAUCACUAAAUCCCCUCCCCUGUUGGCUCCUCGCCUCCUCCUCUCUUCUAAACCUAAAUAACAAACUGUCGACUGGCAGAUCUUCUUUCAUUUCAUUCAGCAGGGAAGGUUCAAUCAGCCAGCCAGCAGAAUGGGAGAACUGGCAGCUGAAAAACACGCCAAAUACAUCUUAACAGUCGAAAAGAAGAAAGACAGCAUCGAAUCCGCCUUAAUGGAGCAUCUUAGAAUCAACGGUGCAUAUUGGGGAUUAACCACACUCGACAUUCUCGAUAAACUCGCAGCAGCCGUUGAUCAAGAAACAAUCAUUUCAUGGGUCAUGAGUUGCCAACACGAAUCUGGCGGUUUCGGUGGUAACGAAGGUCACGACCCGCAUCUACUCUACACCCUCAGCGCUAUCCAAAUUCUAGCACUUUUUAACAAAAUCGACACACUCGAUAUCGAAAAAGUGACAAGUUACAUAACCGCCUUACAAAACGAAGACGGUUCGUUUUCCGGAGACAAAUGGGGCGAAAUCGAUACUCGGUUUUCCUACGUUGCGAUAUGCUCUCUAGCGUUACUAAAACAGUUGGAUAAAAUCAACGUUGGAAAGGCGGUUAGUUACAUUAUAAGCUGCAAGAAUCUCGACGGCGGGUUCGGGUGCACCCCCGGUGCAGAAUCCCACGCGGGUCAAAUCUUUUGCUGCGUAGGCGCACUUGCGAUAACCGGCAGUUUACACUACGUCGAUAAGGAUCUUUUGGGAUGGUGGUUAUGUGAACGACAAGUGAAAUCCGGUGGGUUAAACGGGCGACCCGAGAAGCUUCCGGAUGUUUGUUACUCGUGGUGGGUGUUAUCUAGUUUGAUAAUGAUCGAUCGGGUUCAUUGGAUCGAUAAAGAGAAGCUUGUUAAGUUUAUAUUGGACUGUCAAGAUAAAGAAAACGGAGGGAUUUCGGAUAGACCGGAUGAUGCAGUUGACGUUUUUCAUACUUACUUUGGAGUCGCGGGUCUUUCGCUUCUUGAGUAUCCGGGAUUGAAGGCUAUCGAUCCGGCUUAUGCGCUGCCUGUUGAUGUUAUAAGUAGGAUUUUGCUUCAUUGAUUUGUGUUUUGUUUGUUAAAAGGUGGAAACUGUAUACUGGCUUUGUUUAUUGGUUGAACCAUGAUCAUAACAUAAAUAGCGAUCGAUGGACUGUCCGCCAUGAGGCCUUGUUUCUGUUCGUUCGCUAAGGAAAUAAUGUGUUUA